AUGUUUGGGAUGGGGGCAGCGUGUUUGGGAUGGGGGCAGCUUGUUUGGGAUGGGGGCAGCGUGUUUGGGAUGGGGGCAGCGUGUUUGGGAUGGGGGCAGCGUGUUUGGGAUGGGGGCAGCGUGUUUGGGAUGGGGGCAUCGUGUUUGGGAUGGGAGCAGCGUGUUUGGGAUGGGGGCAGCGUGUUUGGGAUGGGGGCAGCGUGUUUGGGAUGGGGGCAGCCUGUUUGGGAUGGGGGCUGCGUGUUUGGGAUGGGGGCAGCGUGUUUGGGAUGGGGGCAGCGUGUUUGGGAUGGGGGCAACGUGUUUGGGAUGGGGGCAGCGUGUUUGGGAUGGGGAUCAGCGUGUUUGGGAUGGGGGCAGCGUGUUUGCGAUGGCAGCAGCGUGUUUGCGAUGGGGGCAGCGUGUUUGGGAUGGGGGCAGCGUGUUUGGGAUGGGGGCAUCGUGUUUGGGAUGGGGGCAUCGUGUUUGGGAUGGGGGCAUCGUGUUUGGGAUGGGGGCAUCGUGUUUGGGAUGGGGGCAUCGUGUUUGGGAUGGGGGCAUCGUGUUUGGGAUGGGGGCAUCGUGUUUGGGAUGGGGGCAGCGUGUUUGGGAUGGGGGCAGCGUGUUUGGGAUGGGGGCAGCGUGUUUGGGAUGGGGGCAUCGUGUUUGGGAUGGGGGCAUCGUGUUUGGGAUGGGGGCAUCGUGUUUGGGAUGGGGGCAUCGUGUUUGGGAUGGGGGCAGCGUGUUUGGGAUGGGGGCAGCGUGUUUGGGAUGGGGGCAGCGUGUUUGGGAUGGGGGCAGCGUGUUUGGGAUGGGGGCAGCGUGUUUGGGAUGGGGGCAGCGUGUUUGGGAUGGGGGCAUCGUGUUUGGGAUGGGGGCAUCGUGUUUGGGAUGGGGGCAUCGUGUUUGGGAUGGGGGCAGCGUGUUUGGGAUGAGGGCAGCGUGUUUGGGAUGGGGGCAGCGUGUUUGGGAUGGGGGCAGCGUGUUUGGGAUGGGGGCAGCGUGUUUGGGAUGGGGGCAGCGUGUUUGGGAUGGGGGCAGGGUGUUUGGGAUGGUGGCAUCGUGUUUGGGAUGGUGGCAUCGUGUUUGGGAUGGGGGCAUCGUGUUUGGGAUGGGGGCAUCGUGUUUGGGAUGGGGGCAUCGUGUUUGGGAUGGGGGCAUCGUGUUUGGGAUGGGGGCAGCGUGUUUGGGAUGAAGGCAGCGUGUUUGGGAUGGGGGCAGCGUGUUUGGGAUGGGGGCAGCGUGUUUGGGAUGGGGGCAGCGUGUUUGGGAUGGGGGCAGCGUGUUUGGGAUGGGGGCAGCGUGUUUGGGAUGGGGGCAGCGUGUUUGGGAUGGUGGCAUCGUGUUUGGGAUGGUGGCAUCGUGUUUGGGAUGGUGGCAUCGUGUUUGGGAUGGUGGCAUCGUGUUUGGGAUGGUGGCAUCGUGUUUGGGAUGGUGGCAUCGUGGUUGGGAUGGUGGCAUCGUGUUUGGGAUGGGGGCAGCGUGUUUGGGAUGGGGGCAGCGUGUUUGGGAUGGGGAGCAGCGUGUUUGGGAUGGGGAGCAGCGUGUUUGGGAUGGGGAGCAGCGUGUUUGGGAUGGGGAGCAGUGUGUUUGGGAUGGGGAGCAGCGUGUUUGGGAUGGGGGCAGCGUGUUUGCGAUGGCGGCAGCGUGUUUGGGAUGGGGAGCAGCGUGUUUGGGAUGGGGAGCAGCGUGUUUGGGAUGGGGAGCAGCGUGUUUGGGAUGGGGGCAGCGUGUUUGGGAUGGGAGCAGCGUGUUGGGGUUGGGGGCAGCGUGUUUGGGAUGGGGGCAGCGUGUUUGGGAUGGGGGCAGCGUGUUUGGGAUGGUGGCAUCGUGUCUGGGAUGGUGGCAUCGUGUUUGGGAUGGUGGCAUCGUGUUUGGGAUGGUGGCAUCGUGUUUGGGAUGGGGGCAGCGUGUUUGGGAUGGGGAGCAGCGUGUUUGGGAUGGGGGCAGCGUGUUUGCGAUGGCGGCAGUGUGUUUGGAUGGGGAGCAGCGUGUUUGGGAUGGGGAGCAGCAUGUUUGGGAUGGGGGCAGCGUGUUUGGGAUGGGAGCAGCGUGUUGGAGUUGGGGGGGGGGAGGCGACAUGUUCAGGGGAGCGGGUGA